AUGAAUGUGGAGAGCGAGCUGCUGUGGCCCUGCGUGGCCCUGCUGCUGCUGCUGGGGACUGUGGCCGGCCUGUGCGUGCGCUGCUCCCGCCCAGCCGUGAAGAAGUCCGAGAAGAUCUAUGAGCAGAGGAGCCUGGAAGAGAAUCAACAGAACUUUGCGGUGGCCCGGACCUAUUCCUUGAUCAGGCAGGCCUGGCCCGGGCCCCUGGUGGAUGCAGACUCUGACGUAGCGCCAACAAGGAAGGACAAGCUGCUGAGGUUCUCCCCCAGCCUCGAGGAUUCUGAGUCCUCCAGGUACCAGAACUUCAGCAAAGGGAGCAGACAUGGAUCCAGAUCCAGAUCCGAUGCAGCCUACAUAGAACCCAUCACCACGGACUAUUACAACUGGGGGCAGAUCCAGAAGCCCAGGGAAGAUGACGAUGAUGACGACACCAAUUCCUACGAGAACGUGCUCAUCUGCAAGCCGAAGGACCCCGAGUCGGGCGACGAGGGAUCCGAGGAUUACCAGAACUCGGCAUCCAUCCGGCAGUGGCGGGAGUCCAGGAGGGCCGUGGAGCGAGUCCCGAGGGAAGAGCCUCUGUCCCUGGCAGGCAGCCCAGACGAGGACAGCGAGGACCCCGAUUACGUGAAUCAGAAUGUGGCAGCCACAGAAGUCUAGGAAGGAUCUGGAAGGAAGAGUCUCGUCUAUCUCGUCUCCU